ACGAUAUCUUGCACCGAAUCCGAGUCUAGCACCGAAUCCUCUCAUAAAUACUUCCCGCUCUCUUCCGUCUGAGCACUGCCUGCAGCUCUCAUGGUGCAAUUGUGGAGAAGUCGAGAGUCCUCCACACUGGUUUCGUGUCUAGCACUGAAUACUCUCAAAACUACCUCCCGCUCGCUGGCUGUUACCCUCGAGCUCGCGCUUGCCGCUGCCCUCGAGCACUCGUAUUCGCACUCCUCCACAUUUGUGAUCGUGGAGGAGAGAGUGGAAGUUGCAGAUGCAUCGGUCGUUAGUCACACCUGGGAUAUGAGAUAUGGACUACGCAGAGGAGGAUCCGGAGCUUCCCUGCGCCAUCCAGAACCUUUUAUAGCGUCUGGAAGGAGAGGGCGAGCCUUUAACGCGGUCUCCCCGCUUGACGAAGGCAGAACUUCUGGAGUCCUAAUAUCCUGAGGAAAGUGCAGACCGAUGCUUCUGGACUGGAUCCUUCCGCUCGAUGCUGAGAGAGUGCUGCAAGCUGCGGAAAGUCGCAACUUUCGAGAUGUCAAUACAAAAUGUUCGUUUUGCCCUCGAGGUGCUCGUUCGAGUGUCAGAGGAAAUCGGCAGCUGCAAUCGGUAUCUGUAUUUGCCAAGUACAGAUACCGAUUGUGAUACAAAUACAGAUAUCUGUGCUUGUGGUCGAGAUAUAUCGAGGUUGUCGUUAAGCGAGCGGCAAGUAGUUUUGGAGAGUAUUCGGCACUAGUAUUUUGAUCUCCAUUCAAAUGGAGUUCAGAAUUCCUCGAGCAUACCGAAAUUGAAAAAAGACUUUCAGAUUGAGUGCCACAUGUUUCUUGAAUCUCGGAAGAGAAUAUCGAACUUGACCCCAGUCUGUUAGAUCUACAUGUCGCGUGGGAGCACUCCAGUGCUGUGAAGCAGAUGGCUAACAUGGUCAACAGUGCACUCCUACUAGAAGCAUUUCGCUUAGGUAGCCAUUCAAACCACGCGGAUGACACGGAGGACGAGACCGGUGGAAUCGUGCCCCCGGCUUUGAUGGUCAGCUCGUCCUUGAAUCUAUCGGUUUGAUGGCAACCGAUCCGUCGAACGUCUUCGGCUGGAGGGGUGGAUGGACUCGGAGACUGUCGAAGAAUACCUCUUACUUGCAACCAAUCCUACCCAUUACAGUUUUGAUAUUCCUCGGUCCCCGGGAAUCGGCACCUAGGCACUAACCUCUCUAGGGUCCAUAGGGGUGAUCCCUCGUUUUCACGGUGUCUAUUUGCUCGUCGUUUAGGUUUGAGGAAGCAGUGUUGGACCCCUUGCGGAUACGUCCUUUGGAACGGCUCCAACUCGAAGUUUCAACUACAAUUGUGGGUUUUCAUUUAUUCUAAACUGUUAGUGAUGACUGAAAGUUAAUAGAAGCUCCGGCGAGUGCUGCCACCUACGAUGUCAAGGACCCACAGUGGAGCUUAGAUUCGCAUAUUUCGGCGACCAUGAAGAGAUGCCAUCGUUAAUCCUUUUAGGUAGGAUUCUGCGCGUAACCUGCACGUCUCGCGCUCGAGACGACGAUAUGCUCUAGACCUGUCUUCAGAAUGUCUUGUUUUCUAUAUUGACCAUAGUCUCUUGACUCCACCGGACCAUCGACACCAACCGAAGCAGAAACUUCGUACGCAGCAGCGGAGUCAGGUAGUAUGAGUUCUUUUACGACCCUGUUGUUCUCUGAAAGUGCCGUUGACUUAGAAAACCUACAAAUGUCAGUUACGAACUUUGAUUCACAAUUCUAUCGAUCAACGAGUUUGGUUCGUCCGUGUGGAUGUGUUUAGUCUGUCCGUCUACUAACUUCAAGCUAAUUCCCCGUCCAAUGGGAAUGUUCAAACUAAUCAUGUUCCAGGUGGAAGGUUGGCAACGCUUCAGGUUGAUCAUGCGUUUUGUGACUAGAAUGCAUCGUAGUCCGUACUGCGAUUCCAUGGACACAAAGGUGGGAGAAUUCUCGCACAGAUGUCGAGACAGUUUCACCAGGCUAUGAUCGGGCCGGGGCUAAUGCACAAGAGUCUCUAGCACUGUGGUGAUUCAAAUUGCUGGCUCACAUCGGACAUUGCUUGUUUCAGAGGGUCCGGUCUAUAAUUUUUCUCUCUACGUUAAAAUCUGGCACCGAUCUGGUGGAUUAGAAGUCUGUAGAUAAGAGAUAGUUCUUAGCAAUGCAUCGGGUUGACGAUUUAAAAGGAGAACGAGAAGAUGAAGAGGAACAGCUGGCCGACGAAGUCAGUUUUGUCCUAAUCUCAAUUAGGCGAGGAAAGGUUCAUGUUGCUAAAAGAGUUUAAUUUAUAGGGCUUGAAGAACAAUCACACGAACUUGUACUCUACACCUUCAGUUUCUUUUUGAAUGGAACUAAAAAUGAUAUACGACGAUAUACUAUCGUGCAGUUAAAAAUAAAAAUAUCAUAUCUUAUUUAUUCC